AUGCCCGGACUCAAUCCGUGUCCUUGAAGCCUGCCCGGAGUGUCACGGGUCAUAGCGCGUUAUGAGUCAAGUGGUGUUUAAAGGCCCAGCAGGCGCCACCUUCCAAGCCUGGAAAGUCCGUUCAGGCACUUGGGUGGCCAAAGGCCAGAUCCUGGCCUUGACCCAGGAGCCCGUGGUCGAUGGCACGCCCACCAUGGGCAAGGUGCGGGCCGAGCAAGCCGGAAAGAUCUCGGAGUUGUGUGUCAAAUCCGGCCAUGAACUUACCAUCGGGUUGGUGUUGGCUCAAUUGAGUUCGGAUUGCCCGCAUGCCACCUUGAUGAAGGACAUGUGCGCGGAUUGCGGUGCGGAUUUGCGUUUACUCGAGGAGAGCGAGCCCGGACAUGCGCAGAAUAAGAGUCAAGCCGCCGUGGCCAUGGUUCAUAGUAUUCCCGAGCUCAAAGUCAGUUCGAAGGAGGCCGAAAGUCUCGGUCAGGAGGACGAGGCCCGUUUGCUCAAGCACCGAAAAUUGGUAUUGUUGGUCGAUUUGGACCAAACGCUCAUCCACACCACAUACGAGACGAUCCCGAAGAAUGUCAAGGACGUGUACCACUUCCAAUUGUACGGGCCCCGCUCACCGUUGCAUCACACGCGGCUUCGACCCGGGACUCAAAAGUUCUUGGAGAACAUUAGUCAGUUAUUCGAACUGCAUAUUUGCACCUUCGGGGCCCGAUUGUACGCCCACACCAUCGCUGGAUUCAUCGAUCCCAAGAGCAAAUACUUCUCCCAUCGUAUCUUGUCCCGAGACGAGUGCUUCGACAACCGCUCCAAGACGGCUAAUCUCUCGUCCUUAUUUCCCUGCGGCGAUCAUAUGGUGUGCAUCAUCGAUGACCGGGAAGAUGUGUGGAAUUUUGCUUCCAAUUUGGUACAAGUCAAGCCCUACGUAUUCUUCAAGAGUACGGGGGACAUCAACGCUCCACCGGGUGCGGCCCCUAACCCAAAAGAAGGCAGUACCGAGGCUAAGAAGCCCAAGCCAGCCGCACCAACCCCGCCCAACGAAUCUGAGGUCGUAAAACCCAAGGAGGAUACAUCCAUGGAUGAGACCUCUUCCACCGCGAUGAAACCCGAAACCAAAGGCGAUGUAAAGGAGGAAGGUGAAUUGGAUAAGGACAAGAAGGACGAGGUGGAUCCACCGAAGGAAAAGACUGAAGAGGAGCUGGUCGAAAUGGAUGACAAUGACGAUUAUCUGGUGUAUUUGGAAGAUAUCCUUUCCACCAUUCACAAAGCCUAUUAUGACAUGUACGACCAACGAAAUGCCAAAAAAGAGGAACAAACCAAGACCGAUCCGAAAGGCAAACUAAACCUGAAGUUUGUCAUUCCAUACGUGAAACGAAAAAUCCUCCAAGGCACCAAUAUCCUUUUUAGCGGCGUUGUUCCCACACAUAUACCUCUUCAAAAGAGCAAGGCUUAUCGUAUUGCCCGAACGCUCGGGGCGAAUGUCUUGGACACGGUGACCCCAGAAUCGAAUAUCACCCACCUAAUCGCAGCCCGGAUCGGGACGGCCAAAGUGAACGACGUACGGAAGAUGAAAGGGGUUCACAUCGUGACUCCGGAUUGGUUAUGGUGUUGUGCUGAGCGUUGGGAAAAAGUGGACGAGCGGAUGUUUCCACUCAACAAAGCCUCUCAAGUCACCCUCAAACCCCCCGUCCAUUGUUCCGGAGGGGGCCCGGACCAAGAUCUGGACGCCUUAGAAUCCGAAAACUUGCCCGAAAUAAGCAACCCCUUUCUAGCUAUGUCCAAGAAUGAUCUCCAAGGUAUGGAUGAUGAGGUCAACGAUGUGCUCUCCGAAGAUAACGAUGACAGUAGUAGUUCCGAAUCCGAACCCACGCCAGAUGGUGAUGACGACUCCAAAUUGGGUGGGGAGAUCCAAUACGACUCCGAAAAUGAAGAGGUGGGCAUGCAUUGCGAUGAUGGGCGUCGAUCGGGCAAGAAACGAAAACACGCGGAUGUGGACGACGACGACGGAGACGAGGGAUCGACUAGUUCGGGCGAGUCUGACGAGGCCAGUAACGACGAGGACGAGCUCCAAGGGAUGGCUAACGAGCUGGAAAAGGAAUUCUUCGACCAAGAGGAAGAUUAACCGCGACUCGGAUGUGUAUUAUGAUAACAAUUACAAUAGCUAUGUAUUACGAGA